AUGAACGGGACAGAAGGCCCGAACUUCUACGUGCCCUUCUCCAACAAGACAGGUGUGGUGCGCAGCCCCUUCGAGUACCCACAGUACUACCUGGCUGAGCCAUGGCAGUUCUCCAUGCUGGCCGCCUACAUGUUCCUGCUGAUCGUGCUUGGCUUCCCCAUCAACUUCCUCACACUCUACGUCACGGUCCAGCACAAGAAACUGCGCACGCCUCUCAACUACAUCCUGCUCAACCUGGCCGUGGCCGACCUCUUCAUGGUCUUGGGCGGCUUCACCACCACCCUCUACACCUCUCUGAAUGGAUACUUUAUCUUCGGUCCCAAUGGAUGCAACGUGGAGGGCUUCUUUGCUACACUGGGCGGUGAAAUUGCCCUGUGGUCUUUGGUGGUCCUGGCCAUUGAGCGGUACGUGGUGGUGUGUAAGCCCAUGAGCAACUUCCGCUUUGGGGAGAACCAUGCCAUAAUGGGCGUCGCCUUCACCUGGGUCAUGGCACUGGCCUGUGCUGUACCCCCCCUCCUUGGUUGGUCCAGGUACAUCCCUGAAGGCAUGCAGUGUUCAUGCGGGAUCGACUACUACACGCGCCAGCCAGAGGUCAACAACGAGUCCUUUGUCAUCUACAUGUUCGUGGUCCACUUCACCAUUCCCUUGAUCGUCAUCUUCUUCUGUUAUGGGCAGCUGGUCUUCACAGUCAAGGAGGCGGCAGCCCAGCAGCAGGAGUCUGCCACCACCCAGAAGGCUGAGAAGGAAGUCACUCGCAUGGUCAUCAUCAUGGUCAUCGCUUUCCUGAUUUGCUGGGUGCCCUACGCCAGUGUGGCGGUCUACAUCUUCACCCACCAGGGCUCCGACUUUGGCCCCAUCUUCAUGACACUCCCGGCAUUCUUUGCCAAGUCCUCUGCCAUCUACAACCCUGUCAUCUACAUCAUGAUGAACAAACAGUUUCGGAACUGCAUGCUCACUACCCUCUGCUGUGGCAAGAACCCACUGGGUGAUGACGAGGCCUCCACCACUGCCUCUAAGACGGAGACCAGCCAGGUGGCACCGGCCUAAGCCCUGCCAAGGACUCUGUGGUCGACUGUAGGAGUGUCCCAUCCCCCACGCCUACCCCCAGCCACAGCUGCCCCACCAAGAGCCAGGCCUGUUGGAGCCAGGCUGCG